GUGACCUCAUAAAGCAGAGGUUCCCAUCACGGGCCUUCUCUGCUGCUGCCUGGAAUGCAGAUGCAGAGAAAAGUCCCUAAGCAGAGAGUUUUUAGUUGGAUGAUAAAAGUGAGGAAUAAAUAUUAAAAACUUGGAAAAUGUCUAAGCCCGUUAAAGGGGACUCCGAAGUCUUUUCUAGUUCACUGUUUGAUUUUGCAUCAGGUGUGCUCUAUGAGAAAUACAGGAAAUUUAGGAGGAAAGAUGAAAAAUGUCAAGCAUUUGUGAAGAAAGUCAUAACAAGUCGUGUCUUUAAGAUAAUUAUGAUUAGCACCAUUUCAAUGAAUGCCUUUUUUAUGGUCUUAUGGACUAAUUAUGAAAUAAGAUACCGCUUGUUCAGACUUUUUGAGAUCUCAGAGGUGGUCUUUGUGUCCAUCUACACCUGUGAAUUCUUCAUGAAGGUCUACGUGGAUCCUGUCAGCUAUUGGAAAGAUGGCUAUAACCUGCUGGACGUGGUCAUCCUGAUCAUUAUCUUCAUCCCCUAUGUGCUCCGUGAGGUCAAGAGUAAACACUUCUAUCUCAACAUUGCUGAUGGCCUGCAGUCCCUGCGCAUCCUCAAGCUUAUCACCCAUACCCAAGCCAUCAGAACACUCAUCACCGCCGUGGGGCAGAUCGUCUACACUGUGGCCUCUGUGCUCAUCCUCUUCUUCAUCCUGUUGUACAUCUUCGCUAUCUUGGGCUUCUACUUGUUUGAAGUUCUGGAGAGCAGCGACAUGAACAUCUGGGGAAGCCUGGAAACAAUCUUCUUUACCCUUUUCAGCUUGGCCACGGUGGAAGGCUGGACAGAUGUUCAGGAGCAGCUGGAGAAGCACAAUUUUAUUGUGAGCCGAAUAUUCACCAUUGUGUUCAUCUUGCUUGCCUCGUUCAUCUUCCUCAGCGUGUUCGUGGGUGUCAUAAUCAUGCCAACCGAGGUCUCCAUCAAGAAGUUUAAGAAAGACCAGGUUCUGAAGAAGCGCAUAGAGGAGAAGAAGCAGAUGAUCCUGAAACGACAAAAGGAGGAGGUCAACAGGCAGAUGCAAAUCCGGAAAACUGAAACUGUUGAAAAGAGUCUCAGUGAUUUGAUGGAGAAGCUCAAGAAGACCCGGCCAGACACUCACCCCAUCGUCUUGGGUGAUUUCGGCAGUAGCUUGCUCUUCAUCGACAUAUACUUGUCCAUUUUGGACAAACAGGAUGCCACUGUCAAAGAGCUUCAAGAGCUGUACCAAAAGACCAUGCAGGUGCUGAGCCUGAUGCUCAAAGACCUGGCCCAGGAGAAGAGUUCUGAGUCCUUAGAAAACAUCUAUGAGAAGUAGAAGGGCAUGUGGGGAAGUACCCAGGCGCUGGAGUCCUUGCAGGCUGAAACGUUACCUAUUAAAUGCAGGAUUUUGCAACUGGC